AUGGCAAUGGCACACCCAAUCCCUGUCUCCUUCUUCCUUGUGACCACCCUUCUGUUUUUCUUGAACCAUUCUCUUUCUCCAGCCCAUGCAGCAUCAGAACUAGUGGAAGGAGUCUGCCAUGAGUCCCAAAGCUAUUCAUUCUGCAUUCAGGCUCUGGAGUCGGAUCCCAAAACUCCUGCAACGAAGGACUACAUGGAUCUGGCCGUGAUUGCCCUCAAAUUGGGGAUUUCAAAUUCAACUGCCACUCGCUCUUACAUUAGUCGCUUGUAUAAGAACCCAAAGACGGAUCCCAGAAAGAAGCCUGCUCUCAAGGGCUGCUUAUCUGGUUAUGAUGAAGCGGUGGAAUCCUUCAAAAGUGCUUUGGGGGAACUGAAGGAGGAUCCUUUGACUGCAAACUAUGAUGCCAAGGUUGCUAGUGAUGGUGCAGUGCUUUGUUCGGAUUUCUUGGCUUCUGCUGGGAUUAAGGAUUCAUCAAUUUCUGAUGGGAAUCGUUUCACUUCAUCUUUCAGUAAUAUUGCAUUUGUGAUUACAAACCAUCUGGGCUAA